GGACUCGGUCUAGCGCAGGCAUUGAGCAUCUGCGGCAAGCCAUGAAUCUUUUUGAUGAGCCUCAGAUAUGGAUGACGAUGAAUUGGCGGCUGGCAUCUACACUUAUUAGACCCCGCCGCCUAACUUCUACUUGAGCAAUAGGAAGAGCAUCGUCUGUUAUUCACGCUACUCAGCCCUCCGAUGAAACAUCAACUGCAGGUGUUAGCUGUCGCUGCCACUGUGGCAGGCGCGAAAGCAUAUCAACAUCAACUUAAUAUUCCUGACUCGGCAUUCACCUCAUGGCAGCUUCCUACCGCCAUCUCAGGACCCUGUGACGUUUCCAUAGGACCGGACAACUUUAUAUACGUCCAAGAGUUCUUCGCCAACAAGAUCGCACGCUUCAACCAAAACACAGGCGAAUUUACUGAAUACGAUAUUCCCUUUACAAUACCAGGACUGGACAACUUCACCUUACCGCUACCAGGCCACGCAAAGUUCGAACUCCUGAGUUGCGCCAUACGCACUGGCUAUGAUGGUUACAUGUACUUCUCUAAUGGUGCUCACAACCAAAUCGUCCGUCACGAUGUGCAUAGCGGCGAGACUGUCGUCUUCACACCUCCACCGUUACUCUUGAGUAUCCUAGGCAAUCUUCAACCGCUCAAUGAUUUGACAGCUGCUCCUGAUGGCAUAUACUUCACCCAAACGACUGGCAACCAGGUCACCAAGUUCGACUAUAAGACACACAAGUUCACUUCUUGGACAGUGCCUACCUUGCUUGCUAAUCCUCUUGGUAUCUACUAUUCGCAGCACGAUGACGGAAUCUGGUUUCUGGAGUUCGGCGCAUCGAAAGUUGGUCGUCUGGACAGACAUACACACGAGAUUGAAGAGUUCGACUUGCCGUUGAACGCCCUGCAGCCUCUAGUUGUGCGUGCCGAGACCGUCAAUCAAGAUGGCAGCACUACUCUGUGGUUCGCUUGCACGACUUCUUCCACCAUCUCAGGCAUCAACACACGCACUGGAGCCAUAUCUGUAUACCAAGAGCCCAAUGCUUCAACGGAGACUGUGGAAGUCGCACAAGACUUGAAAGGCAACGUCUGGGCAACACACAUCCUGCAGAACACGCUGGGCGUGCUCAACCCAAAGACUGGCAAUUUGAGCGUUGUAGUCGAGCCUAGUGUCAUUCUAGAUACUCCAGGAAUUACUGUUCCUUUUUAUGGCGAGAGUGGUAUCUUUGGCUAUGCUGUUGGCCAGCCUCCGGGUCAGGGUCAGAAGGAUAUUCUCGGCGAUUCGAUUUGGUAUACGCAUUUCCUGACCAACCAGCUGAUAAAGCUUGACCUAACCGGAGUGGAUAUACCAUAGGCUAUCGUAUACUAUAAUACGAAGAGAAUGUAGUGAGGUCAAAUGCACAAAGUAUAUACAACCCUAUCGUA